GGCCAGCCCAGACCUGCAGACCCUGCUGGAACACUACUCAGAGCUGCUGGUGCAGGCCGUACGGAGGAAGGCACGGGGACACUGAGGGCGCAGCCCCUCCACCGCAGCCCUGCUGCUUCUGAGGACUUAGGGAUAGUCAACCUGGGGCUGCGGUCUGACAGCAGGUGGAAGCAGCCUGUGUGUGGAGAGCCUUCCAGAGGGCAUGCCCCGCGCCUUCCUGGUCAGGAGUCGGCGUCCACAGCCCCCCAACUGGGGCCACCUGCCUGACCAGCUCCGGGGAGAUGCCUAUAUCCCAGACUGCAGCAGCCUGGGGGGGCCACCGGCACAACAGUCAUCCAGUGUCAGGGAUCCGUGGACAGCGCCCAGACAAGGCAACCUGACCUCUGCUCCCAGGGGCCCAGGGACGUUGGGCUGCCCGCUCUGCCCUAAGGCCUUCCCUCUGCAGCGCAUGCUGACAAGGCACCUCAAGUGCCACAGUCCCGUGCGCCGCCACCUGUGCCGCUGUUGUGGCAAGGGCUUUCAUGACGCCUUCGAUCUCAAGCGCCACAUGAGGACUCACACUGCCCUCCCCUCUGUGCCCAUCUGUGCAGGGAUCCGGCCCUUCCGCUGCAGUGCUUGCGGGAAAGCGUUUACGCAGCGCUGCUCCCUGGAAGCUCACCUUGCUAAGGUGCACGGACAGCCGGCCAGCUACGCUUACCGUGAGCGCCGGGAGAAGCUGCACGUGUGCGAGGACUGCGGCUUCACCAGCUCCCGGCCCGACACCUACGCACAGCACCGCGCCUUGCACCGCGCAGCCUGAUACAGUGUGCCAGCGUCCUCCCCACGAGGCAAAUAAACACAGCAAACU